AUGGUGGCAGAUGCCCACGUAGGAACUGAUGAAAGUGAGGAAGAAGGUUCGAUGUCAUCCGAUGAGGAGAUUUUCGUCAGCACGCGCUCACGUAAGCGAAGAAUUGUAAUAUAUUCAGAUGAUAAUACAUCCGAUAUAGGUCAGUUGGGGUCUGAGUCCAUCCAGCAUCAGCAGGAGCCGCAGGAGCCUGAGUCAUCAUUUGUGAUCCGUUCCAAUAAAAAUCACCUUUAUGGAAAGAGCGGUUAUAAAUGGUCUACUAGACCUCGCAAUCCACGAGCAAGAACAUCUUCUCGUAAUGUGAUUCACGUAGUCCCUGAACCUGCAGGUGUAGCCAAAGAAAUAACAGACCCCAGAGAAUUAUUUCUCCAGUUCAUUUCUCAUGAAAUAAUCAAUGAGAUGGUUACUUAUACCAACACGGAGAUUGACAUCAAGAAGUCUAAAUACAAACAGGAGAAGUAUACCAACUCGCAUACUUCCACUAACGAAGUGACGGCUUUACUGGGUCUCUUGAUACAAUCAGCGGCUAUAAAAAGUAACCACUUGCCCACUAGAACACUAUUUGACCACAAACGGAGUGCAAUUACUUUUAAAGCGUGCAUGAGUGCUGAUAGGUUUGAUUUCUUACUGAGAUGCCUUAGUUUUGACAAGACAACAAGAACAGAGCAGAGGGCCUCUGACAAGCUUGCUCCAUUCAAUUUGGAGGCAUUCAUAAGCAACUGUGUAAAAUGUAUCAUAAACGCGUAUGCUGUAUACGUAUGCAAUAUGAUCCGAGACCAUAAGAAACCGCUCAAGAGGAGAGAAUUUGCCUUGCAAAUGGCAGAUGAACUAAUAAAACCCUGGCUACUCGAGCGCUACAAUACGGUGACUUUGCAGCGUGAUGUGAAAAAGAGUAUUGGAGAUAUUCUCAACAUUGAAGUGCCACAAGAAAGCUGUGUACAAGAGCUACAUAAAACAAGAAAAAUAUGUGGAUUUUGCUAA